AUGAGAAAUGAUGGUUCUUUCGCUUUGGCCUGCAAGAGUCGCUAUUUCCCAGGCGAGAUUGUCGCUACCCGGCGCGGCAGUCCGCUUCUUCUUGGUAUCAAAAGCAAGCAUCGAUUGACCAUGGACCAGAUCCCGAUUUCCUAUCCAACAAAGGAACGUUGGGGUUCGCACUACUUCGUUGACAUGGACGGUGACGGCAGCGAAAGUGGAUCUGCGAGUUCUCCGCCACCACCGUCCACCCCACACACCAAUCCCGAGUACCAGCUCUCUGCCCAGUCUGAUAAGAAGGACAUUGAAUUCUUUUUCUCGUCCGAUCCCAGUGCCGUAAUUGAACACACAGACCGCGUUAUCUACCUGGAGGACAACGAUAUCGCCGCAGUGCGCGAUGGGACCCUUUCGAUUCAUCGUAUUACCAAAAAAGCCAACGAGCCAUCGGUUCGUGAUAUAGUCACACUCCACCUCGAGAUAAACGAGAUCAUGAAGGGUAGCUACGAGUACUUCAUGCAGAAGGAGAUCUUUGAACAGCCCGAUUCCAUUCUCAACACAAUGAGGGGUCGUGUGAAUUUCAGUGAUCUCUCCAUCGUCCUUGGUGGCAUAAAGAACAAUCUUGUGGACAUCAAACGAAGUCGUCGGUUGAUGUUCAUCGGUUGCGGUACCAGCUACAACUCUGCCAUUGCUGUGCGUGAGCUUCUAGAGGAGUUGACGGAGUUGCCGGUGGUGGUUGAGUUGGCGAGCGACUUCCUCGAUCGCCGCACGCCCGUCUUCCGCGACGACGUCUGCAUCUUCAUAAGCCAGUCGGGUGAGACAGCGGACACCCUGAUGGCGCUGCGCUACUGCCUUGCGCGCGGGGUGAUGACCUUGGGAAUCACCAACACCGCUGGCUCGACAUUGUCCCGUGAAACGCACUGUGGCAUUCACAUGAAUGCGGGCCCUGAGAUCGGCGUCGCCAGCACCAAGGCCUACACCAGUCAGAUCAUCACCAUGGUCAUGUUCGCGCUUGUCCUCUCCGAAGAUCGAAUCUCCCUCCAGGCCCGUCGGAGGCACAUUAUCGAGGCGCUUGGCCGUCUACCAGAGCAAGUGGAUUCUAUUCUCAAGAAAGAAGACGCAAUUAUCGAGAUGGCUGAAAAUAUGCGCAACGCACGAAGUAUUUUGGUUCUUGGUCGCGGGUACAACUACGCAACCUGCCUCGAAGGAGCUCUAAAACUGAAGGAACUCACGUAUAUUCACGCCGAGGGCAUAAUGUCCGGAGAACUGAAGCACGGACCGCUGGCCAUGGUAGACGCCGAGAUGCGCGUCAUCAUCAUCGUCACGAAGGAUCGUCUCUACGAGAAGAUUCUAAAUGCACUCCACGAAGUCCAUUCUCGUCGGGGCAAGCCGAUUGUGAUUGCCAACGAAGGUUCGGACGACUACUUAAAGAAACUCGCCAGUGUGGUAUUCGAGGUGCCACAAACUGUUGACUGUCUGCAAGGCAUUCUGGCCGUGGUGCCGCUGCAGCUCCUUUCAUACCACAUUGCCCGACUCAAGGGCCUUGAUGUAAGUUCCAUGUUGAGGCUGCCUUCGUCGUUCACUUUGGGGGUGUGGCACGUGUGCUUUGUUUUUCAGGUCGACUGUCCGAGGAAUUUGGCCAAGUCUGUUACGGUGGAGUAA